UGUCAAAUCGUGAGAAACUUCAUUCAAAUAACAAGAGGAAGAAAAAAACAUUUCAAAAGCUCGCCGAUUUACUUCACAUCCUGUCUUCUUUGGUUUUAUAAACGUUUGAAAAUAACUGGUCAUCAACGGUGGUCUGGGACUAAUAGUUAAAAAGUCGCUGCCGUUUUUAAAGUCACUUGAAAUUCAACAGAGUCGCGCCUGAUAAAGGACGUCUGCCGGAGAUAAAGUUUGGUUUUGUUCAAAGUUCUUUGUUGUGGUGGAAUACCGACUACCGAUCAACCAUGGAAGUUGAAACUAAAUCCACUGAAAUCCGCUGCCAAGAGAUGUCGAAGGGAGGUCUGGCUUACGAGGUGAUCCUCGCGGAGCCGGUGGGAGUGCCGGCGCCGCGCCGCGCCGACUCGCCCGAGAAGACGCCCUCAGUCGAGGAGAUCCAGGAGAAACUUAAGGCUGCAGAGGAGAGGAGACGUAGCUUGGAGGCGAGCAAGAUGGCCGCGAUCGCGCAGAAGAUGCAGAAGAUCGAGGAGGCGUCGCGCAUCCGCAUGGAGCAGACCAACAGCUUCAUCGUCAACACCAAGGAGGCGCUGGACGCCAAGAUGGAGACGCAUGAAGAGAAGCGCGAGGCUUACAUCAACGAGCUGCGCGCGCGCCUCAAGGACCACCUCGAGGGCGUCGAGAAGACCAGAUUGACGCUGGAGCAGCAGACGGCGGAGGUGUACAAGGCGAUCGAGGACAAGAUGGCGACGGCUGCCGACAAGCGCGACGAGAACAUCAAGAAGAUGCUCGAGCGUUUGCGGGAACAUGAGGAGCAGGUGCGCAAGGUGCGCGCGGGCAACCAGGAGCGGUUCACGGCACUGGAGAGCGCCAUCCAGGAGAAGUUGCAGCAGGCCGCCGGCCGCCGCCUGCUGCUCGAGGCCGAGCAGAAGGAGAAGCUGCGCAACUACAACUCUAAGCUCAUGGAGGUGCGGUCUGCGGCGACGGCCAAGGUGGAAGAAAUCACGAAGGAAAUUGAGACCAAGCUGACAGCUGCUGAGAUUAACCGCGAGAAGGAAAUGCAAAGGAAACUCGACUUUGUCAAGAAGGAGGAGCGACGCGCGGAGCUGGUGCGACAGAACAAGAGCGCGCGCGCAGACACCGACACGCACGCACACGCCGCCGCCUAGACACAACACACACCACCACGCACCGGGAGCGCGGUCGCUGGACCGAAGCUACCUUUAGGGCCAAUACAGCCACGCUCUAGGAACUAAAUUAAGCCGAGCCAAGUCAAACCUUUGGCGUGCUAUUGAGCCGCGCAAAACUGCACCCCCAACUGCUACGGUUUUCAAAUGAUGUUUCAAAAUGACCAAAGUAGUCUUGUCUUAGAUCUGAGACUAAGCAGCUGACAGAGGUUGCACAGAUAUGAGACAAAGCAUAGGAGAGGUUAAAACACCCUUUGGCACGUGACAAUGAAAUCCGUUGUUAAUGAAAAAUAUUUUUAUUACACGACGUUAAAUGAAAGGGCUAUUCCGAAACGCUGUUUACGUAGUUUCGAGUCUGUCACCGUCGCUCAUGCUUUGCGCCAGAGGGAUGGCGACGUUUGAUACUUCUGAUAACGUUCUUCGGAUUGACCCCCAGAUGACAGAAUUGCAUCGAUGGUUUUAACUUGACUCGGCUUUUUUGAAGGUUGCUUGUAUUGGCCCCAAAACCGACAUCUACGCUUUUGAGUCCUAAACAUUCGCCCAACUACUCACCCCGACGCCGACCAAAGUAAUGGGAGAUAACACUUAAUUUUCGUAAAAGGUUUCGGAAUGUCGAAUGCACAAAUGCCUAUGAAUAGAAAAAGUAAUUUUAAACGUACAUAAUGAAGACUGUAUCUUUGAGGUCGGACUGCAAGCAUCCCGAAUGAUUCCGGAAUAUUGCGGAAAUUUACGACAAACGCUUGAAUGAGGAUACAAUCUGUCACUCAUAAAAUUUGAAGAUUAUAGAUGCUAGUAGUCCGCGCCUUAUACCGCUCCAAUGUAUGUCGUAUCUUCCGUAAAAUCUCUGUUCGAGUUGCCCUAGCUAGAUUGAUGUAUAAACUCUUCCGUUAUCUUCCAAAUGUCUGUGUAGUUGUGCUGAUUGGUAAUUUUAUAUAUUUUAAACAAAUCGAACAAGCACCAUUUUCAUAAGAUUAAAAACGAAAUUACCAGUGAGCACAACAUGUAUCAAAGUACAAAAUAUUUCGCACACUCGAUGUAACGAAGUAGAAAUAUGCGUUGUAGUUGAAAAUCGAGUAGUUUAAAUACGAAAACUCGGGUUGGUAGAUGUUUUUAUCGGGGAUUCGUUGAUUUAUCGAGCGCUUUAGACAAGGAUAUCACUUUUAUAGACGGGACGAUGGCCUUUUGGGCAUUUUAUAUGGAUUCUAAGGUUUAGGUGGUUUUCGAUACAGAAACGGGUCCCGGUAAAGAUGUCUACUGGAGGUAUUUUUUGUGGCGUUGUUUGGCGGCCUGCGGAUCUCUGGUGAGUGUGUGAGGCGAUUACUUGCGGGCGUCGCGCGGACACGGAACAAUAUUGUAGGCGGCCCUGCUGAACACCGGACUUGCCAGCGUGUGGGAAACACUUCACUGUGAAUUUUAUGACUAGCAGGAUUUGAUUCAAAUUCGCUCGAUGCUUAUUUGUCAGAGGACACUGAACAUGUAUAGCGUAAACUACAUCAUGUUCUGAGGUGUCAGUGAAUUUCAAAAUCAAAAAAUGCUAACCAAGUUUUCAGACCCUAAUUUUUAAAUUAGGAAGCGAUCUAAAAUUUUGCCGUUUGGUAUCAAUAAUUACAGUGUUUCAAUAAUCAUAAAUAUAGGUGUCAUGCUAAUUCGAAUCUUAACUCGCAAGUCGUAGAUUCUAUUAUGUGAUAAGUUUUCAUCGCCUUCGGCCUGUGGCCUCAGCGGGGCCACUGCAUACAUUGAUCGCACGCGCCGCACCCACGCAAUACGUGUUCUGCGUUGGCGCGAUACGUGACACCGAACGAUUCUCGUGAUCAUGCUUACGACAUAAUUCGAUCCUAAUGUUAUUUUUUCACCGGUAAGGCAAAAAUGCUGACACUUUUAAGAUAUGGCCUAUUUUAAUAAAAUUCUAAGAAUGUUUUAGUCGUGGCGUGUAAAUCGACCCUCAAUAUGACGAAAUCGCUGCUACAUACAGCAGUGGUUCCGAUGUAUCGAGCGGAAAAUAUCAAGUACGUUAGUUGGGUUCUGUACAGAAAAUCUAAAAAAAAUUGCCUGUAAUGUAUCGGAAAAAUAGCCCGAUUGUUUAUUUUAAUUAGUGCAAAGUGUCGCGAGUACGGAACCCUCGGCAAAUAACAUCGAAAUCGGAAGUGAGAUGGAACGAGGAGGAGGCCGACGAGUGUCCUCGUCGUUAGGUAUAGACUUAUAUCAUAUUUUUAAUGUUUAUCAUACGCAACAGUAUUUUAGGGAGGUAUAAUCUAAAUUUAAGUUUGUCUCGAGUUCGUAUCACUCAUUAAUCGCCGUUACGCUAUUGACUGUCCAUUGUAAUGUUAAUAUAUUUUAUAAUUACGUUAUCGGUUGUUUGGGAAGACUGUCGUGUCGCGGGUUGUUUGUGGCUAGGUUUUUUGCGCCAGGUUGGUCGUCGCUUGUGCUCGGUGAUGCCGGUCUAAUUGUUAUCAGUUAUCACCACCCGCGGACUGGCAAGAUGUUUGUUUUAGACACAAUAGUUUCGAAGUACAUCAUACGAUAAACUUGACUGUAAGCGAUAACAAAGGAAAGUAAAGGCUUCUGAUACAAAACAUCUUACCGGUCCGUGACACGCCACAUCAUCUAGUCUACACGUUUAAAUUAAGUAAUCACUUCCUUUUAUGAUCUCAAAUUGAAUGUGUUAAAAAUAUAGUAAACAUCGGAAGUGCCUCUGUAACGUAAACCGGCUCUCGGAUAAUACCGUUAAAUCGUAACGUAUAAACUGCCUUCAUAGCGUUUUAUAUUUUUUUAAAGGUAGAAUGUUGGUGUUGGAUACGACGCUUGUGAGAUGGUGGCGCUGGAUGUGUGGCGCACAGGUAGUGAGGGUACCCCUGCAUUUAUAUAUUUUCGCCGUUCAUUUAGCGUCGAUCCGUUUCAACGUCAGAGAAAUGAUAAUAAUUGUAUAUAAUAUAAGAGAUGGUGUCUGCUUGACGCGGGGCGAGUGGCUUGCCUGCUUACUCUAUGUUACUACGCUGAUGUGAGUAAGGGAACUAGGUGUAAGUUACUAGCUUGUUUCUCGGUGAAGAUGUGAAAACCUCUGACCAAUUUGCCUUGGGUAUUGUGUAGCCUUUUAGAAUAUCACGAUCGAGACGAAUCAUGUAUAGCGAUGCAAAAUAUAGCUUUCAGAAUUAAUAUAAUAUUUUGUUUUCGUAAUUUUUGCGUAAUGUUAGUCACUCUAUCUCUUAUAAUGGUGUUUUAACGUUAAUUUUUAUAUUUUAUGUGAUUGAUUAAUUAAUGUGCUUCAGUUUGUGAGGUAAUAUGGAAAUUGCUGUUCGAAGUGCCGGCAACUUUUGUAGUUUCAUUGUCGUAAUGAAUAAAGUCAUAAAUACUAAUAAA